AUGGCAGGUCAUAUGUCGGUCGAGGUGGCGAAGACGGUGUUGGAGGUAGCCGACGUGGUGUGGACCGCCGUCGAGUGCUGCCACCACCAUCACCACGACCACGAUUCGACGGUAUUGCCGCCGGAAACCAAAGAAAGAGGGGAUUUCGAUGUGCAAACGCUGCGCUCCGAAAACGAUCGGCUACGUCGAUUGCUCGAGAAAAACCUCAAUCUCCUUCACCAGAUAUCGGCUUCACCCACUCUGUUACAUAAUUGCCCAUCAGAUCUUCAUGAUCGGAUUUUAUCUGCUGUUAAUUCUGAAAGCUUCCUGAAUGAGCUUGAAUUUCUCCGUCAGAAAUCUACUUGCUCGUUCCCUUUCGAUGACCCAUCAGGUGCGGAUCUUGAGAAAGCUGAGGUUAUGAUUAAUGUUGAUAACGAGGAACCGAGUUGGUGGGUUUGGGUUUCGGAGGACACUAAUAAUGUUGAAGAGAAGAGUGGGAUUGACAAUGAAAAUUAUGUAGUUGUAAGUGAAGAACAUGUGGUGGAUGGUGUGGCUAACUUUAUGGCUAGGUGUGUUUUGGCGAACCCGAAAUCGAUGAAUCUGAGCCCUAUCGAGCUACAAAAAGCCUUGACGAAAACGCUGAGGGGCAUGAAUAAAGUUGAGAAAAUGAUGAAUAUUUGGCUUGCUGGAAAGAUGUUUUACACCCUAGCUACAUGGGGUCUUGUUAUGGCAAGUUUGUACCAAGGUCGAGCUAUUCUGAAAGUUGCUGCCCAUGGGGUCCAUCACACAAGCAAGAUUGCACUGAAGGUCUUAUAA